AUGUAGAAAAUACAUGAAUUUCAAAUCAAUUCAACUAUCUACUAAAUCUAAACUGUACUUUGGAAUAAAGCAUUAUUAAUUUAAAGUAUAAAUUUUCAUUUUACUAACAUAGAUUAAAAUCAAAAUGCAAAACAAACUAUCAGAGAGAACUUUUUCUGA